ACACCCACCUAUCCGCUCCGCUCUCUGCGACUCACUUUCCACCGAGCGCUUCAAGAUGGCGGCCGCUUCAUCCAUCCAGCCGCCGAGCGUGCACGCGAUAAAGCGGGAAAAUUCACCCCAUCCGGAGUCCGACAGUCCCGCGAGCAGACAUGAAGAAGACGCAGCAUCCGAGGGGACCACCAUCCUCCGAGAUCUACCGGAACUUGAUCCCGAGGAGAUCGAGAAACGGCUGGAGAAAACUCGCAGAGAGCUGAGCAACAGGAGGAAGAUCCUUAUUAAGAACCUGCCACAGGACACAACCAACCAGGAGGUCCAUGAAAUUCUACGCGAGUACGAGCUCAAAUACUGUUUUGUGGACCGGAACAAAGGAACAGCCUUCGUAACCCUUCUAAAUGGCGACCAGGCACAGGAUGCCAUCCGAACUCUGCACCAGACAUCAGUCCGGGGCCGUGACAUCACCGUCCAGCUUCAGCCCACGGACUCUCUCCUGUGUGUCACCAACCUGCCCUACACAGUCACUGCCAGCCAGUUUCAGGAGCUGGUGCGCUCCUACGGCAACAUUGAACGCUGUUUCCUGGUGUACAGUGACCUUACGGGCCACUCCAAAGGCUACGGCUUUGUGGAGUACAUGAAGAAGGACUCGGCCUCCAGGGCACGUUCAGAACUCUUGGGCAAACCGCUGGGCGACCGUGCACUCAUGGUGCAGUGGGCUGACGUCAACCACCUGACCUCCGCUGACCACCUCCACUCCAAGUGCCUAUGCGUGGAUCGCCUGCCGCUAGACUUUGAAGACACGGAGGAGCUGGCGCACAUUUUUUCAGAAAGCUACAAACCCGUCUUCUGCCAGCUGGCUCAGGAUGAGGGAAGUCCAGUGCGGGGUUUCGCUGUGGUGGAGUAUGAGACGGCGGAGCAGGCUGAAGCCGUGCUGCUGGAGAUGGACAGACAGCUGAUCCAGGGUCAGGAGAUACGUCUGACUCUCUGUCCCCCAGGAACCUCUGGACGCAGCACUCUCGCCGCCCUCAUCGCUGCUCAGGGAGUGAUGUUGAGCAAUAAGAAAGGUUUACUCCCUGAACCCAAUCUGGCCCAGUUCCUCAACAGUAUGACCAAUCCUGCUGCUCUGCAGGUCCUUAUGAGACCUUACCCUACCGCCAAACGAGGAGGAAAGUUUGGUCGACCUCACAAUCUGCCCUUCCUGCAUCCACCAUUGACCGCAGCGCUGCUACAGUUAGGAAAAGCACAGCAGAGUGCCAUCCUAGGAAACGGUCUUGUUCUUCAGAAUCUUCUUCACAUGCAGAUGGCCCAACAACAGCUCUUACAGAUCAAAGACAAGCAGAUCGCUAAUGUCCCAGGAAUUUUGGGCGACCCUUCUCGGCUGCUCCUGCAAAAAGUUCUGGGUCUUCGAACUCAGGCACCGGUUCCUCUGGGGAAGGGGCUGCUGGGAGAUUCUCCCACAGAGUUGGGCCAAGACUCUUCUUCAGUCACGUCCCAGGGUGGAAACUCUGGGGCUGGAAUGGUGUCACAUGUACCUGGACGUUCACACACAAGUUCCAUUGCAGAGCAGAAUGGAGUCACUGCGACAUGCCUGGCUCCAGAGAAACAGCCUGCACCUCCAGGAACCACAGGAGGCUCUAUAAGCUCCCAAGCACAACUGCAAAACUUCCUUCCUGGAAUUAACGCACCAAGCCUGGGACAUUUGCUAGGGGGUACAACGCACAAAGCUCCAGCCAACCACCACAGUUCAAGCGUGCAGACUAAUACUUCCAUUACAAGUCAGUCCAGCUGUCAGACGUCUCUGUUGGGAGACCCCCCUAAAGAAGUGAAGUUGCCUUCCAACCCAUAUCUAAACCUGGCUAGUGUGCUUCCUGGAGUGGUACUACAAGCACCCUGCAACAGUAAACCUCAGACUGUGCAGGCGCACACUGGGACGUACAGCGCAGUCCUGCCACCUGCCACCCACCCACCCAGUCAAUACAGCGCCGAGAGCACUCCUGCAGAAUACACUCACCAAUACACUCAGCAAUACACACAGGAGGCCAUGCAGCAGUGGUAUCAACACUACCAAGCACAGACCUACGGCAACACUAGCCAAGAGACUGCUGCAGUUACUGAAUGCACAAAAGAGCAACCUCAGGUGGUGGUCACCUCCUCAUAUGGAGACUACAGUUCCUACAUGCAUGCUGUCAGUCAGUACUAUUCUCAGACGCAGAUGAGCCAGACAGCUGCUCAAGUCUACCAGCACCGAGAUGUCAGCAAGGAGGUGGAGGUGGUGAAGACCCCCUUGAGUGGGCCUCUGCACACCUCUCUGAACGGCACUGCUCAGACCCUGCUGCCCACCUACAGUGCCCUACCCAUCAUGCCUGGCUUCAUCACAUCAACACACACACCCAAUCCUGCCACACACACACCUGCCGCAGCCACGGCCACUGACUGGAACAACUAUUAUUAUAGUCAGGCUAGAGGGCAGAAGCGAGAAUACCCCGCACUGCCCACACAGGAAGUGACAUCAGAGUAUGUAGGCCAGCACUCACAGGGUCUCGGGGGCCAGUAUGCCGACUACUUCAAGAAGAAGAGGAUCUAACUCGCACUCGCUCUCAACUGCCCACUGUAUGUUGCCCUUUGUCAUGUCCAGGCCUUAACUUUUAGUCUAUAACAGAUAUUUAUGAAAAGAUUGUACAUUUUACUCUUCUGUGGAUGUGGGUACUGUUGUUAUUUCUGUCCGACGCCAGGCAGGACCUCUUAAAUCCCAAAUGAUCUGUUACGAUAAUUGAUAUUUCUCUUUUUCUGUUCUGCUAUUUUACCUCUCUCCCAGGCGGGACGUACCAUUCCACUCCAGAAGGGGGGGGGUUUCUGUGUCCGUGUUUUACUAUACUAUACAACGGUUAAGGGCUGAUAAAGAUUGAGCUACACUCAGAGAAUAACAGUUUUCAAAGAUUUUUUUUUUUUUUCUGACAGGGUAGGGCAUAGCCAAUGUAUAUUGUAUAUUCCACGAAAUGAGUGUAUUUUUUACCGUGUACAGACAUAUUAUUAAUAUUAACGUCUUGCUUAAUGUGUCACUGUUUAUCUUGACUAUCGAUUGGCUUUCCGAAGUGUACAGGAAACGUGUGUUUGAGGAUUAAUCUUUAACGUGUGUUUCUGUACAUACUGCUGUAUCUGUAGGAACGAUCAGCCAUUCUGAAAACUGCAGGAGCCUUAAAACACGGCGCUCAGAGAAGGCAUGGCUAAGGCAAUAACCCCACCUACGUCAAGGUGACUUUACCCCCCAAGUGUCGGUGGGGUGACCUCCAAACAACUUUCAGCUACAAUGCUGCCAGUGGUUGCUUUUUAAUAACUGUACGAGUAAUAAUAAAACAUUAGUAUAGUAGUAGUAAUAGUCUGCUGUUAGGGCAGUCAAGGGUUAGAGUGGUUAUGUAUUGGAUUAAAACAGCACUCAUGCAAACACCCACAUAGUAAUAAUCUAAAGUAAUGCCUUUAUAUGGAUAUUAGUCGUCUGUUGUUCUGUGAUUUAAACUCCUUGCUUCUUUAAAAGGAGAGAGUCUGUAUUUUGGUCAUUUUACUCUGCAAAAAAAAAAAAAAAAUCCUGUUUUUAAUUCAUAUCAGUCUUUUUUAUUUUUGCUAAAAUCUACAUAAAAAAAGAUUAAUAUACACUAGAGGCAAAAUAUGUGAGGUAUUAAAUUAAUCGAUGUUGAAGUUUUUUUGUCUUAAUUUAGAUUCUUAAAACAAGUGACAUAAAUCUCCCAAUGGGACAAAUGAAGUCUUAAAGAGAUAGUUCACCAAAAUUGAAAAAAUCUGUUUUUAUUUACUCAUCCUCUUGUUGUUCCAAACCAUUGGAACUCAACAGGUGUGUGAGUGUGCUCUUGUUUUUGUGACCUAUCAGGACACAACUCUGUAUAAUGACAUGGGUAUGACACAGGUAUUACAAGGAGAGGGUGACUUAUGAGGACAUAACCCAUGUCCCCAUUUUUCAAAACGGUUAUAAAUCAUACAGAAUGAGUUUUGAGAAAGUAAAAAUGCACAAAGUUUCCUGUGAGGGUUAGGGUUAGGUUUAGGUGUAGGGUUGGUGAAAGGCCAUAGAAUAUACAGUUUCUACAGUAUAAAAACCAUUACGCCUAUGGGAUGUCCCCACUUUUCACAAAAACAAACGUGUGUGUGUGUAUACAAACACACACACCUUGAUAUUCCAUUACAUUGUAGUAUUUUUAAUAUUUUUAACUAAUUUAUAUUUAGUUUAAUUUUAAGCUUUAGUAAUUUUACUAAGCUUUUGUCAUUUUUUCACACACAUUCACAGACAAACACACACACACAUACACACAUAUAUAUAUAUAUAUAUAUAAUUUAGGGCUGGUAAUUUAAUGCUUUAAUUAGAAUAAUUAAUUAUGGAGAAAAGUAACUUGUUAAAAUUAUUAACACAUUUAACGCAGUUGCCCUGUCCCAGACCGGUGUGGAUCAUCUGCCAUUUCAUACAGAUGACUGAUGACUAUUAUGAGGCCUGGCAACAACUUAUCGCAUGAUGGGGCCUAGAGAAUAUCCCUAAAAUUCAAGAUAUGGCUGUCUCGUAUUUACAUCACACGAGCUGUAGGCUAAGUGCAAUAUCACACAAAUGCAAAUGUGAUACUCAUCUCAUACAACAUCUCAUUAAAAAGUUAAUAUUGUGUUAUUUUAGACACAAUGUUGUCUGUUUUGAUCAAUUUUGCUAACCAAAAUAUAAAGACAAAUCAUAACUGUGCCCCACAGCGGCAUUUAAUUUUUUACAAAUUUAGUGAAGCAUUUGGCACGCUGAAUCAUUGGCAAUAGUCGCAAUGGAUUUGUAUUGGCGCUGCACAGACCGAUUGGUGUAUUACAGGGAUCCUCAAAUCUGGCCCACGAGAUCCACUUUCCUGCAGAGUUUAGAUUUGAGGAACCCUGGUGUAUGACAUCAAAGUACCGCGAGAGCGAUUCAGAAGCACAAGGAGUCGUCUGCUCUCUAAGCUCUUGCGGCUCUUUGAUCUCUGAUGGUGAUGAUCCGCUUCAAGUCGAACAAGCCUAAUGAUUCAAUGAACCAUUCAUAAUGAACCCCUUUACUUCACUCCUAAAUGAAUCAGCCAUUUGAACAAAUCAGACGAAUAAAUGACUCGCUGACUUAAUCAUUAAGACAUUUACCACCACCUACUGGCAGUUUUAGUUUAUUAUUUAGAGUGUAAUUUCAUUAAAGAAAUAAUUAUCUUCAUAGUAAUAAUAAUACAAUUAAGAAAAUAAAUUAUUAAAGUUAUAGUUCACCCAACCAAAAAUGACAAUUCUUGGCAUUCAUUUACUCACGUGGUCCAAAAGUUCAUUCUUUUAAAUUUCAUAAUUAAGUGUGUACCAAAGGGACGAGUAAAUUAAUAAAAACGAUUUUUCAUUUUCGGAUGAACUAUCCCUUUUACUUUGCACUGAGCUUGUUUUAAGCAUGUUUAGAUAUUAUUUGUGGUAAAUGAGACAGAUAGUCAUAAAAGGAGCCAUUGUUUGGCUUUGUUGCCACAGCAUAUCCAGGUGUCUGCCUGGCGUGUUCGUCCGUUAGUGAUUAAGGCUGUGUGCCUUCUUUUAUUCUACUCUUUUGAAGUGAUUUUCUCUUGGUUGUCCUCUCUCUAAAAGCCAUUCUUUCACCUCCACAACAGACUGACAACACAUCUGUGGAGGAGCCUCUGUUGUUGCAUCCUAUUUAUGAUGCCUUUUUUGUUUUAUGACGUAUAUAAAGACAAUCCCAAAUUUACAUCGUUACCUGAGGCUCUGCGUCCCACUUUCAGCACAAAAUCACCGUUUAUAAACACAGAGGCCUUUUUUCCAGGAAACAGUAGAAUAAGUUGAGAACAGAACGUUAAAUGUGAGUGUUCAGUGUGCUCAAGUUCAGUUCAGACGGGUGCCGGUUGUUUCUAGAUAAUCUGACAUGGGAUUUGUUGCAAAAUGAUUCUCUACAGGGAUUAUUAUAAAGCACAUGUACUUCUGGUCAUCUUCCCAUGAGUCUCUCCUCUCUCCUGUUCUCCAACCGUACCACUGCUCAAUCAAGGCGACUCGGACUCUUUUACCUUGAAAAGAGAGGUUGAGUUCCUAAAUAAAGUCAAUUCUCUCUUUAAACUGUUCUUGUUUCUGUAGAAAGGUGAAGGGUGGAAAAUUGUGCCUAUUUUGCAUUUAUGAACCUUGUAUCUCUUACCAUUUUUGCUGAUGUUCCCCUUGUAUUUCAAGUCAAGACUGUAAUGCAUCUUUUCCAAUUCUGCACUUUUACCCCUCUGAAAGUCCCGAAAGUGUACGUGUGUGCUUGUAUCUCAAAGCUUUGCAAUACUAAAGUGUCUCUUAUUGAUGUAGAAGGUAUAGUUGCCUGUUCAAACACGCAGGGUUUUCAACACUAUUGUGCUUUGGACUCAUAUUGCAGCCUGUUUUUAGUUGGAAAGUUUGUAGUUUUUUUUUUUUUUUUUCACCUUGAAUUAAGAUUUUGCAAUAUUUUAUAAUCCAAACUCUAUUGAUAUUGCUUUACUGUGAAUAAGCUAUUUUUAGAAACAGUUGAAUUUAAGCAUGCCUAUACUCCUGCAAUACAAGAAAAACAAAGUUUUUCCUUUUUUUUUCAGUAGAUGUUUUCAAUGCUUUUGAGUAUUUAACAGCAAAAACAUGUAUUUAUUUUAUGUGAAUUUAUGUACAUUUUACCCUGUUGGACACAAUUUUGUGGUCAUUCUUUUUGAGGGGAAUAGGUUUGGGUUUAAUUUUGAGCAGAUUAAAUUGUUUUGCAUUCCACAUUAAAGGACAGGAAAAUUACA